GCUGGGGCGGGGGGGGCGGUUUGGGCCCGUUGCCUGGCCCGGCCCCGUGGAGGGGCGGGCGUUGGCGGCGGGGCGGGCGUUAGGCCGCAGCGAGCCGGCGGCCGGGCGGCGGCGAGGUGUCCGCCAUGCCGCUGCUCUUCCUGGAGCGCUUCCCCUGGCCCAGCCUCCGCACCUACACGGCCCUCAGCGCCCUGGCCCUGCUGGCCACCGGCCUCAGCGCCUACCGCGCCCUCAGCCAGGCCCCGGACGGCGGGGCGGCGGGCGGCGAACCCACCGGGCCGCGGGCCCUGGACGUCGCCUACUACCUGCUCUCCGACAGCCUCUGCGUCUGGGUACUAGUGAACACUGCCUGCUGUUUUCUGAUGUUGGUUGCUAAGCUAAUCCAGUGCGUCGUGUUUGGUCCCCUUCGUGUCAGCGAGAGGCAGCAUCUCAAGGAUAAAUUCUGGAAUUUUAUUUUCUACAAGUUCAUCUUCAUUUUUGGUGUGCUGAAUGUUCAGACAGUGGAAGAAGUGGUGAUGUGGUGCCUCUGGUUCUCUGGACUUGUGUUCCUUCAUCUUAUGGUUCAGCUCUGCAAGGAUCGCUUUGAAUAUCUUUCCUUUUCUCCUACCACACCCAUGAGCAGCCACAUCAGAGUCCUGACCCUGCUCAUAGCCAUGCUCCUCUCCUGCUGUGGAUUAGCAGUCGUCUGUGGUAUUAUUGGCUACACCCAUGGCAUGCACACGUUGGCUUUCAUGGCAGCAGAGUCUCUGCUUGUGACAGUCAGAACAGCUCAUGUGAUUUUACGAUACGUAAUUCAUCUCUGGGAUCUCAACCAUGAAGGAACGUGGGAGAGCAAAGGCACUUACGUCUACUACACGGAUUUUGUCAUGGAGCUAACCUUGCUUUCACUGGAUUUGAUGCAUCAUAUUCAUAUGCUGCUAUUUGGCAAUAUCUGGUUGUCAAUGGCGAGCCUGGUGAUUUUUAUGCAGCUGCGGUAUCUGUUUCAUGAGGUUCAACGAAGAAUUCGGCGGCACAAGAACUACUUGCGUGUGGUUGGAAACAUGGAAGCAAGGUUUGCGGUUGCAACGCCAGAGGAGCUAGCAGUCAAUAAUGACGACUGUGCCAUUUGCUGGGACUCCAUGCAAUCCGCACGGAAACUCCCUUGCGGCCAUCUCUUCCACAACUCGUGCCUGCGGUCCUGGCUGGAACAAGAUACAUCUUGCCCUACCUGCAGAAUGUCUCUUAAUAUCACUGACAGCCAUCACGUGAGGGAGGAUCACCAAAGGGAAAAUCUGGAUGAGAACCUGGUCCCCGUGGCGGUCGCAGAAGGCAGACCACGCUUGAACCAGCACAAUCACUUCUUCCACUUCGACGGCUCUCGAAUUGCCAGCUGGCUGCCCAGUUUUUCGGUAGAAGUGAUGCAUACUACAAACAUCCUGGGUAUCACGCAAGCCAGCAACUCCCAGCUGAAUGCUAUGGCCCAUCAGAUUCAGGAGAUGUUCCCUCAGGUCCCUUAUCAUUUAGUUCUACAGGAUCUGCAGCUAACUCGCUCUGUAGAGAUCACCACGGACAACAUCCUAGAAGGGCGCAUCCAGGUACCUUUCCCCACACAGCGUGCAGAUAGCAUUAGACCUGCACUGAAUAGUUCUGUGGAACGGCACAGUACUGAUCAGGAGGAUACUGAAACUGUCACCCAGACUGAGAGAGUGCCACUUGAACUCAACUCAAGACUGGAAGAAAUGGUGGAAUUCAGCGAAAUGGAAGCAGAGCCUAGUGAAGCAGAAGACUUCGAGGCCAGGGGGAGUCGCUUUUCAAAGUCAGCUGAUGAAAGGCAGCGUAUGUUGGUUCAGCGGAAGGAGGACUUGUUGCAGCAAGCUCGAAAGCGUUACUUAAACAAAACCUCCGACGAGGAGCUGAGCACAGAGAAGCCCUCUCCUCCACCCGAGGGAGCCUCCGCCGAUCCCGUCACCCUGCGUCGCAGGACGCUCGCUGCCGCCGCCGAACGGAGACUUCAGAUGCAGCAAAACUCUUAGCGCUCGUUGCCCUUCCUUCCUCCUCCUCGUGAGCAAUGUUGAAUAAAUAAAUUAAAUACAAAAAAAAAAAAAAACCAAACCAAACCACCCUGCGCUUUCUAUACCAGCAGGAAAGUGUCUCUCUUCAGAGUUCAGCUGGCUGUGCUGCCGAGUGAGCUGGCUGCCUCUCUGCUGUAUAAAGCAUGUGGUCUAAUAAUGUUUGGACUGCUGACAAAUUAACCUUUUUUUUGUAAUAUUUUCUAUGUGACGUUGAUCCCCUCCACAAACAAAAAGGCACUUUCUAAACCACGGGCAUGAUUUCUGCAGCUAGCAUGAGGUAUUAGGCUGACUGCACGGCGGAGGCUGGAGAAAGCGUCUUCCCAAUUAGCAGCUGCGGGUGCAGGUCGCGGAGGCGCUGGCACGUGCGGCUCGAGAUCCGGGAGAGUUAUUCCAAGAGAGAAGAAAGCUUAGAAAUUUGCAGCAAACCCGGCGUUAGACGAGCGGGCGCCCGCUCUUUGGUCUCUUCAUAUGGAGAAUAAAGGGUGUUACGUAGGCCGGCUUGAAGGGCUGGGGUAGCGUCGCUGGCACGUCAGUUCUUAGGCUGGAUGGAAGUUGUUCAGCU